AUGCUGUAUGCUGUGAAGAAUGCUAUCAGUGAUAAUGACUAUGCCCAGGAUAUUAAUGUCAUCCAACAAAGAUUUGAAUGUUGUGGGGUUUCGGUUCAAGGCGCAGAAGCGCACCUCAUUUGGUUAUAUUAUUUGUCACCUGAUAUUGCUUUCCGAGAGGAUUUAUACAAGUAA